UCUCCCUUCUACUAUAAAUCCAUGGCCUGCUCAUCACAAACUUCUUCAUCUCAUCUGCAAACAACAUCACUAUCUACACCACACCUUCAGACUUUUGGAGCCAAAGUGAAAUUUAGCCAGCCAAGAACACUUCAGACUCAAACAUGAUUCAUUCAAAGAAGCUUGCUCAGCUGGCCAAGAAGUGGCAGAGGAAGGUGGUGGCCGGAGCUGGUGGCCAGCAGACCGGCGAGUCCUGCAGCACGGUCGCUGACAAGGGCCAUUGCGUGGUGUACGCUGCUGACGGGGCACGGUUCGAGGUCCCGCUGGCAUACCUCCGCACGACAGUCUUCAGUGAGCUCCUGAGGAUGUCUGGGGAAGAGUUCGGCUUCGCGAACAGCGAGGGAGGCAGGAUCAUGCUGCCCUGCGACGCCGUGGUUGUGGAGUAUGUCUUGUGCCUGGUCAGGAGAGACGCCUCCGAGGAGGUCGAGAGAGCGUUCUUGAGCUCCAUUGUGGGGCAUUGCCACAGCCAAGAUGCAUCGGUGGGACUCACCCAUAAAGUUGCGCUUUGUACAUAGCUAAGCUACUGAAAAUCUGAAAUAUUUUUGGUAGAAACACAAGAAGUUUGUACAGUCUGAUGUAAGAGUCUAUAAUCAUAGGAAAUGUCACAAAAUAUAUCUUUUUCUCUCGGAGAAAUCUA